CUCAGUACAACUGCCUGAUCGCAUUGCACUUGUGCAUGCGCAGCUGGCUGCGGGGUGGCAGGACGUGCUGGUGGCAGGACGUGUUUGGGUGCCGGAGCCUGGUUGCUCACGUGCCUCCCCUAGCAAUGGCUCCCAAACGCAAGGCUGUGGCGCCUCCAGAGCAGGCCGCGGAGCCAGCUGCUGCAACAACUGCUGGUAUUGAUAAGAAGACGGCGGCCAAGCCCAAGGCGGCCAAGCGCGUCGCCAAGCCCAAGGCACCCAAGCCGCCCCUGGGGCCUGCAUGGGAUGCCAGCAUGCGUCCGCCACCGCUGCCUGACGGCACCCCUGCGUCUCACAUCCUCAGCUGGAAUGUUGCCGGUUUGAGAGCGCUGUUGAAGAAGGUGAAGGAGGUGGAGGCGGGGACUCGCAACGAAAACAUCCCCACACUGGUGGCGCUGGCAGAGGCGGAGCAGGCCGACGUGUUGUGUUUGCAGGAGAUCAAGCUGCAGGAAGACCAUUGUGUCGAGGUGCUUAAGGAGCUGAAUCUGCCCGAGGGCUGGCACGUGAGCUGGAACUGCAGCCGGGACAAAAAAGGCUAUAGCGGGACAGCCAUUGUGAGCCGCCAGGCGCCGCUGUCAGUCAGCUGCGGCAUCGGCGCAGAGGAGCAUGAUGGAGAGGGCCGUGUUAUAACCGCGGAGUUUUCUGCCUUUUACCUGGUGAAUUGUUACACCCCAAAUAGUGGUGAGGGCCUGAAGAGGCUUGGUUACAGAGUCGAGAAGUGGGACAAAGACUUCUCUGCCUACCUGAAGCGUCUGGAGCAGCACAAGCCGGUUGUGGUCACCGGGGACCUGAAUGUAGCGCCUGCCGAGAUCGACAUCCACUCACCCAAGACCAAUCUGAAGUCGGCGGGGUUCACGCCUCAGGAGCGCGCCAGCUUUGCGGCCAACCUGCUUGGGCAGGGAUUUGUGGAUUGCUUCCGGACACAGUACCCCGAGGCGGUGGCAUACACCUAUUGGGGUUACCGAUUCAAUGCACGUGGCAACAACAAGGGCUGGCGACUGGAUCACUUUCUCGUGUCGCAGCAGCUGCAUUCCAGCUUACACGACUGCUACCACCUGCCGGCCAUCAUGGGCUCUGACCACUGUCCCUUGGGCCUUGUGCUGAAGCAUUAAUCGGCACCGAUUUAAACACUAGCGGACAUGCUUUCCGCAUACUCAGGACAUGUGACGAUCACACAUGUGAUGGAUACAAGAACUCGGGCACCCCCUAAGCUUGGGCACCCCCUGGCCACCCCUACAUGUAAUGCUCAGCCGCC